CUUUAGCUUUUGUCACUCAAGCUGCACGCUAGUUCUGAGGCAGGAGCUGGUGGAUUGCGCAUGCGCGGUCCUGCCGCUCCCUCCCGGUUUCUGCGGCGCUGAACUACUUAGUCCCCGUUUUCAUAAAGACACAAAAUCAACAUAAAAAAACCCAAAACAUCUCUUUGACACAUGCAGCAUGGCGGCUAUAUUUGGGAAGAUUCUUAUCGGCAUCUACGUGGAAAUCAAACGAAGCGACGGACGAAUACAUCAGGCCAUGGUCACAUCACUGAAUGAAGACAACGAUAGCGUGACUGUGGAAUGGAUUGAAAACGGGGACACCAAAGGCAAAGAGAUCGACAUGGAGAGCGUUUUUGCACUAAAUCCAGACCUCGCGCCUGAUGAGCAGAUCGCACAGAGUCCAGAGACUCCGCCUCCUCCUGUUUCAAGCUAUGUUAAAGUAAACAAGAUUCCCACAAAUAAGAAUCGGCGCACGGUAGCACCGCCUAAGAACGAAGCGCCUGCCAAAGAUAACCGAGUGAUGUGCUCAGUUUUUUGGCAGCAUGAAGCUUUCAUUAGACCAAUGAAAUUGCCGAACGGGUUAACUCCGACACCGAAGGACAUGACUUCAGUGGGUUCAGUGCACAGGAGGAGGAAGAUAGUGACCAAUGACUUUCUUGUCAUAGGUACGACGAGAGCACGGCCCAGCCAGCAGAGUGAACAAGCUCCUAGUGCUCCAGCUCCUUCUCCCAUCCAGCACCAGACACUCCAGCAGCAGCAGAACGCUCGCAGGAAGUCAAACUGUGUGAAAGAGGUGGAGAAACUGCAGGAGAAGAGGGAGAGGAGGCGCUUGCAGCAGCAGGAGCUCAGGGAGAAGAGAGCACAGGAAAUAGACGCAACAACCCCUAAUUAUGAAAUCAUGUGCAUGAUCCGGGACUUCAGAGCAAGUCUGGACUACAGGCCACUGACUACCGCUGAUCUGAUCGAAGAGCACAGGAUAUGUGUGUGUGUCAGGGCAAGGCCACUGAACAAGAAAGAGAUGAGCUUGAAGGACUUGGAUGUAAUCACCAUCCCCAGUAAAGAUGUCGUCAUGGUUCACGAACCCAAACAAAAAGUGGACUUAACGAGAUACCUGGAGAACCAGACGUUUCGCUUUGAUUACGCCUUCGACGAUACCACCGCUAAUGAAAUGGUUUACAGGUUUACCGCCCGGCCGCUCGUAGAGACGAUAUUCGAGAGAGGGAUGGCUACGUGCUUUGCAUACGGACAAACGGGAAGCGGUAAAACUCAUACGAUGGGUGGAGAUUUUUCUGGGAAAAAUCAGGAUUGCGCUAAAGGGAUCUAUGCAUUGGCAGCACGGGAUGUUUUUCUCAUGCUAAAAAAGCCAAACUACAAGAAGCUGGACCUCCAGGUUUUCGCAACCUUCUUUGAAAUUUACAGUGGAAAAGUGUUUGACCUGCUGAACAGGAAGGCCAAGCUGCGAGUUCUGGAGGACGGCAAGCAGCAGGUGCAGGUUGUAGGACUGCAGGAACGUGAGGUUCAUUGCACCGAGGACGUCCUCAAACUCAUAGAAAUGGGCAACAGCUGCAGGACAUCCGGACAGACAUCAGCCAACGCGCACUCCUCUCGCAGCCAUGCCGUUUUCCAGAUCAUUCUGCGAAGGAGAGGCAAAAUGCACGGGAAAUUCUCCCUCAUAGACUUGGCGGGUAACGAGCGAGGGGCGGACACGUCCAGCGCCGACCGCCAGACUCGACUCGAAGGGGCUGAGAUCAAUAAAAGUUUACUCGCUCUGAAGGAGUGCAUCAGGGCUUUGGGUCGCAACAAGCCUCACACUCCGUUCCGUGCCAGUAAACUCACGCAGGUUCUGCGAGACUCCUUCAUUGGCGAGAACUCCCGAACGUGCAUGAUUGCUACCAUCUCUCCUGGCAUGGCUUCCUGUGAAAACACCUUGAACACGCUGAGAUACGCCAACAGAGUGAAGGAGUUUGGGAUAAGCCCCUCAGACAUCCCCUUCUCUCAGGGGGGAAGCGGACGCUCUGAACUCUCUCCUACCUACGAGUACGAUGACUUUGCUUCCUCACCGACCAGAGUAAAGGAGCUUACUGUCAACUCUAGUGCAUUGAUGGAAGGCAGACCAGGAGGCAAUCAAGUGAGCCAGCUGGACGUGUUGGAGCCGCAGUGGGGAGUGGGAAGCUCUCCUCAGAGAGACGAUCUCAAACUGCUGUGUGAACAGAAUGAGGAAGAGGUCUCUCCUCAGCUUUUCACCUUCCACGAGGCCGUGUCUCAGUUGGUGGAAAUGGAGGAGCAGGUCCUGGAGGACCACAGGGCUGUGUUUCAGGUACAACACCACCCUCUUCGUCUGCACGGUUUCUUCAGUUCGGCACGGUUUCUUCAGUUCCGCACGGAGACUAUACGCUGGCUAGAAGACGAGAAGGUUCUAAUAGAGAUGACGGAGGAAGUGGACUAUGACGUGGACUCGUACGCGACACAGCUCGAGCAAAUUUUGGAUCAAAAGAUUGAAAUCUUAACAGAGCUCAGAGAUAAAGUGAAGGCGUUCAGGUCGGCUCUUCAGGAGGAAGAGCAAGCCAGUAAGCAGAUCAACCCCAAGCGACCACGAGCCCUCUAACCAUCGUAGAGCACUUAUCAUAGAUCCGGCAGCUGAAAGAGGAUAUACCUUUUCGAGUUAAGAAGCACACUUUUAUGCCGAAUUGUAUAGUAUUAAGAUAAAUUCCAGUUCUAACGAAGAUGACUUUUAUAAUACCAUACGAUUUAAAGGCCACAACACGAUGGAAAAGAGAUAGUGAAAAAAGAUUUUGAAUCGUUGCAUGCACACAUGCACACACUGGUCGUACUCGGGCGUUACCCUUAGAUACAUCCGCACUCGUCUGCGUAUAAACUACAUUUUCACUCGGUACGGCUGCUUUUAAAACAUCUACUGACUCCUCGGUGUAAGUAACAAUGGCCCUCGAUGUGAAGAGCAAACCAACUUUUAGUUUCGAAUUUGGACCCUAGUUUGUUUAGAUUCUGGCCAACCGAACUCAUUUGAAAUCAUUGCUCUGUGCUGGAGUCAAAAAUCCUCCAUCAUGCUGCCAUUUCUACAUCUGUUAUUGGUGGUCAGUUCAUACGUAAUCCAUAUUUAACAUAUAAAACAAAAAGCCAACCCUUACAUUUUGGACCCCGGCUUUGAAGCUGAAUUCCUGAGCAAAUUUUUACAAAUAAUGUGCAAAUAAGAUUGCAGGUUCUAUGUAGCCAGCUAUCCGUGAGACGCUCUAAUUAGCAAGCACAGUUUUUUCUUGGUUAGUCAUCACACUGACUUGAUAUUAGGCCUGUGUGGCUGUAUAUAGUUUAGAGCCACACUUCUGAGGGCCAAAUCGAAACACGGGUAUUGGAAUGAAGAGAGCGUAGACAUGGCCUAAUCACUGCUGAGAUAUGUUAACACACCUGACAUCAAAUACCAACAACACAGAGUGAGAUUAAAAACCACAACUGACAUCACCACAUCGUCGGUCAGUAUUAGGGAAGCGAGUAUUAGGGAAGCGUCUUGUGUUAGUGGUUGAGACUUGGAGAACGAGGAAAAAAGGAAUAAAGCAUUGACAUGUAGUCCGAAUCUGAAUGGUGUAAACAGAGGAGUAUGAAGUGGGCAUUCUGAUUGCAGCUGUUACUGUACUCAUCAGUGUAAUUGUUUUUUUUAAUUAGAGUUACCUAAAUUUACAUGCACUUCUGAGUCUGUGUGUAUGCUGCUGACCUUUAGUCAGUUAUGUCCUGCUGACUUCAGCUUGUUUUCACUCAAAAACCGUACAUCUGUGUGGCGUGAUGCCGCAUUUAGGCAGCACUGCAGCUAGGGAAUACUCAAGCACAACUGAGCAUUAAUCCAUCACACCACAGCUACCAACCCGGGAGGGUGAACAACCUAAUCACCAGCUACUCACAAGCGAGGUUGUGUGUGCUGUAACACACUCAGAGGGAAGCGCUAUCCGCCGCCUUCUUGUUAUUAGUCUCCCGUUAUUAGUAAUGAUGCUGUGAUUGGUAGAAGGAGAGUGAGUAUAUUAUCCCUCCCACCAUGAGAGAACGACUGGCAUUAGCAGGAUUCGAACAAAUGACCUCCAAAUGCUUUUUUUGUUUCCCCAUUUGGGAGCCAAUUUAAAGAAACACACAUUUUGUGCUCUAUACACCCCCUAGUGGUGACUGACCAUCACGUUUGAGCUCCAUUGGGAGCCAAUUUAAAGGAACACACAUUGUGCUCUGUACACCCCCUAGUGGUGACUGACUGAAUCACGUCUGAGACCCAGUGUUAAUUAAGCUUGUUAACAAUCCAUGAAGUAAAAAAUCUUUUUGACGAGAAUAAUAAUCACUACUAGGGUUAUAGGUACAUCUGCACAAGACGUUUGGAAACAGGGUAUCUGCAUGUGUGUAAGCUGCAUCAAGUCACACAGAGAAGGCUUUAUUAAACUUUUCUGUUCAUCAUCUGAAUACGUGUUCCAUGUGAAAGCUGUUUUUUUUAAAAUAAAGAAUAAUGAGAAACUCUUGAUCAUGAGAAUAGCUGGUGUGUAUGUGUGUGUGUGUAUGUGAGAAUGUGCACAUCUGUAUUUCUGACAUAAAGAAUAAAGAACCCCAUAAUGACUGGAUCUGUCACUGUAUGGUUUCUCACACCUCACUAGCAACCUGUAAAAUCCUACUGGACCUCCGUCUUAUCCUUAGGAUUGAAGAUGAUGAUGACUACCACCAGAUGUAUGUAUUGAUGCAUCCCUAACAAAACACAAUGCAGGACAUUUCACAUUACCGUAAAAAUUAGAGAAACAUUGUAGCUGUUCAACUGUAUUUAAUCCACAGUACAUACAAUAAUACAGAAUCGAGCACAAGUGGGUGAAAAAGAGCUGAGAAGUCAUUCAGAUCAAAACGGUUUACAGCGGUAGUUUGUAUUUAAAGCGCACGGUAGGAAGUACAUAGUUGGUGGGAUUUUUGUGGGUUUUUUU